GAUUAGUGUGACGACGCGCGAUUGAGUGGGACUUGUGCGGAAAAAGGAUAGCAGAUAUAAAAGCGUCGCGGCGUUAAUUUUAUUCAGUUCUUUGUUAGUGGGAAAAUUUAGAGCAUCGGUGAAUAAACGUAAACAAAAUGUCUCUUGAACGCCAAGUCCGCAGCAAGAUCGCCGCCAAACGCAACCCCCAACAAGACAAAGAAGCUCAAGAGUGGAUAGAGGCCGUACUUGGUGCUAAAUUCCCACCAGGUGAAUUGUACGAAGACGUCAUUCGCGAUGGUACAGUUCUUUGUCAAGUUAUCAAUAAAUUGGCGCCGGGAUCCGUACCAAAAAUCAACACCUCUGGCGGACAAUUCAAAAUGAUGGAAAACAUCAACAACUUCCAGCAAGCCAUCAAAAAUUACGGCGUAGCUGACAUCGACGUAUUCCAAACUGUGGAUCUGUGGGAAAAGAAAGACAUAGCUCAAGUGACCAAUACGCUUUUCGCUCUGGGUAGACAGACCUACAAACACCCUGAAUGGAAAGGACCUUAUCUAGGACCCAAACCCGCCGACGAAAACAAGAGAGAAUUCACCGAAGAACAACUUAGAGCUGGUGAAAGUAUCAUCGGUCUUCAAGCCGGUCAAAAUAAAGGAGCUACUCAAGCCGGUCAAAACAUCGGCGCUGGACGUAAAAUCAUCCUUGGAAAGUAAUUUGUUCAAUAAUGCCAUUCGUUUUUUAUUUUUUUAACUUACAUAGGUAACUGUCAUCUAAAUGAAUUAAUAAAUUUUAUUUUACAACGGA